AUGGAGCCUGAGGAGGGGCAGGCUGAAGCUCAGGAUGAUAGGAAGGGAAAGGAAGCUGUAGUGAAUGAAGAGACCACAGUGGAAGGACCUCCCAAUGAGGCAGAGAGAAAGAUAACUGGAUUGCUUCCAGAGACAGGUGUGGGACAGGGAGAGGCUAAAGACUCAGAGGCAGAAGAGGAGGCUGAAAAAGAACAUGAAGCACCAACUACUGGAGAGUUGGUGGAACCAGACCAGGAUACAUUUGGACCCUUAGCAGAACUGGAUAGGGGGGUGGCUGAGGAUGCACUGAAAAGAGAAGUGGCAUUAGGAAUGUCUGGGGAAGAGGCUGAGGAAAUUAUUGAACCAGAUCUGAGAAAAGCAGAAGAGUUGGAGACAGUGAUUCUUGAGGAACUUCAGCUUAAGAGAAAUAGAGAGAAAGAAGAAGUUGAAGAGUCAAGAGAACCAAAUCAGGAGGAAACCAGUGUUUUUGGGAGCCCAGACGAGAGGGAAGCUGAGGGGAAGACUGGAAAAGGAAUGGAUCAACAGGAGACUCAGGAAUUUAUUCAUGAGGAAGAAACACUGCUUGGAGAGGGUGAAAUGGUUCUAGAAAUGGGGGGAAAUUGGACUGAGGAGUUGGCAGGGCCGGACCACGGGAAAGAAGAGGAUUUGGUAGAAGAGGACCAUGUAGAUUCUGGAGAGAGGGUUGAAAAGGGAGAUGAACAGGAAAAGUUGAUGGAACUGGAAGAGAGGGAAGCUGAGGCAACUGUCAGGGAAGAUGAGGCAGUGGGGGAGGCUGAAAAGAUGCCAGAGUCGGUGGAGGUGGGAGAGAGUGACAAAGAAGGCGAAUCAACAGAUAAUCAUGGAGAAAUGGAGGAGUUGUCAGGACUGGGUCAAGGGGAGAUCCUAGAGGUCACUGGAAAGGAAGAGGAUGUGGCACCUGCAAUUGACUAUGAGGAAACUGAGAAGGUGCCAGAUGUAAAUGAGAGAGAGCUAGAGGAAGUGACUGCAGAGGAAGAUGCAAUAUUAGCAAGGGGUGAGGAGGAGUUGGUAGGACUAGGUCAGGGGGAAAUUGAGGUGUUGACUGGAGAGGAGGAACCAGUUUUGGGUAAGAGGGAGGCGGAGAUGACAGUUGGACCAGGUGAGGAGGGACUUGGUGAGGAAAUUGAAAGGGAAGACAGGGUAUCUGGAGUAGAUCAGAGAGAGGCUGAAAGCAUGAUUGUGGAAGGAGAUUUGGCAUCAUCAGAGGGUUGGGGGGAAGUUGAAGACUUGGUGAAGUCAAGCAGGGGAGAAGCAGAGGAGGUGGCACCAUCAAUGGAUCAAGUCAAAGCUGAAGUCCUACAAGAAGAUCUGAGGGGGUCAGAGUUGGUGAUUGCUGAGGGAGAGGCAGGUGCAGCUGAGGAGAAGGCUGAGCAUUUGGUGGUGGCAAGUCAGGGAGAAGUUGAGGGUAAGACUGAAAAAGAAAGUAUGGCAUCAAUGCUGGAUCAGGGAUCACCAAGAAUAGAUGAAAAGCAGGCAGAAGAGGUGGCUGCAGAGAAAGAUGUGGAAGCAGUAGAAGAUCAAAAGCAAGUUGAGGAUUUGGCUGGGAUAAGUCAGGGUGAGAUUGGCAGUAUGGUAGCCACAGUGGAGGAAGGGGAAGAUAAGAGGGAGGCAGAGGUGGCAACUUCAAAGAGAGAUGUAGCAUUUAUUGAGGGGGAGGGUUUGGUAGUGACAAGUCAGGUAGAGACUGAUGAGGUGACUGUCAAGGAAGAUAUGAUGCACGUGGCUCUUGAUGUGGCUGAGCAAGUGAUAGGAGCAGCUCAGAGGGAAACAGAAAAGAUGAGUGCAGUGGGUCAGGAAGAAGGAAGGGAGGAGGCGGUGGGAGCACCAGUGAGAGUAGCUGGAGCACAAGAAGAAACUGGAGGCCCGGAGGAAGAACUUGUGCAAAGUCAGGAGAUGGGGCCUGGAGAAGAGGUGAAACUAGGAACUAGUCAGGAGAAAGUUGGAGAGCUAGCAGAACCAGAACAAAGGGAGACAAAAGAGCAAGUAGGACUUGAUCAGGGAGAAGCCAAGCAGUUGGGUUCAACUGAGAGGGUUACUAGGGAGGAAUCUCGAGAAAUAAGAGAGGCAUUAUUCAGGGAUCAGAGUGAUACUAAGGUGCUGGUGGAACCAUUUCAGGGACCAGUAGUGGAGGUUACAAGUGUAGGUGAGAUUGCGUUGACUGAGCAGCAUCAAGGUACUAUGGGAAGAAAGGUACCCUCUCAGGAGAAGACAUUAGUUUGGAGCCCAGAAUUAGAAGAACAGUUGGGAGGACCAACUCAGGAGAUGGCAGGCGUGCCUUCCAGGGAGGGGAUAUUGAGUCAAAGGGCAAAACCAAGUGAAGAAGAUACCAGAGUCACCUGGUUGGCAUCUGAUACGAACCUGGCCCAAGGUCAAGUGGAACCAAGCCUGAAGGUGGCUGAAUUGAAUAAAUCAGGUUCCUCAGUGCUGUCAUCACAUUUGUCACAGCGCACUGCCAUAGGAAGUCAAGAGGAACGUCGCAAGUUGAAGGGGAAAAUAAUUUCAGGGUUGGCAGGAUUACGGCAAGGGCCAAUACUGGUACCACAUCAAGGGGCAACACGCUCAUGUGGAUUCCGUCGUGGAGUGCUGGAGCACAGGGCUCCAGGGUUGAUUGUGACCAGUUUAACAGCAAUGGCUCGGCAAAAGGGAAUGAUUAAGGAGGCUCGUACGCAACUGGGAAAGGGUGAAUUAGAUCAGAGGGAGACACGAUCAGCUGAAUUGAGGUCUCGUGCAAUUAGGGUUAAAGUAGGUGAGCCGGUGGUUAUGAUGGGGUACAGAAUUGGACGGGAAGGGAUGUCAUGUUUCUCUGAGGCAGAUAACAGGAUAGAGAGCUUUCAGCAGGUUCCUGUGAUGGAGGAGGCAGGAAAGGGAUCUGAUCAGACCCCAGCAGAACCACUGAGGCAGGAACAGAUAGUUAAGGAGUUGGAGAUACUGGCCAAGGAUGUUGAUGACAGAGCAAGGCAACAUCCAGAAGGAAUGUACUUGCCAUGGCUUGGUAGGCCACUUACACAAGAUUAUUCGACAAUACGACCAGGUUCUGGUUGGACUGCAGGCCUUGGGUCCGGGCAUGGACUUGCUUUAGGGCCAUUGCGGGCUGGAAUAAAAGAACGAAUAAACAUGAUGGUGACAGGUCAGGGAGCAGUAAAGUCAGCAGGACCAAGUCCUGAGCCACCAGUGUCUGGGAUGGGAAGAAGGGUGUAUGGGCUUACAAGCCAAUCAGCCAACGUACACUGGCUGAAGGACGUGUUGGGAUCUAAGCAGACAGUGUCUCGACUCUCUGUAACAGUUCGUGGCUCAAAAGCAGACAGUCCUGACUCUAUGGCAGAGAGACGAAGUCCAGGCCUGUUAACAGGAAAGCAAGAGUUGAAAGAUUGGCGGGAUGGGGUAAUGGGAAUUGCAAUUAAAAGGUACAAUGCCAUGAGGCGGGCAAUGUGGGGCGAAGGCCCAGCUGGUUUGCAUGUGAAAGGAGUGAAGGUGGCUGAAAGUCCCAUUGAUACUAUUCCAUUGAGUUCUGUUAAGACUAGUUCCAUUCUGGGGCAGGUUGAACAGAGGGCGCUGAGGCUGGCACAGCAUGUGGAGGGUGAGGCUGUGUCAGGAUUGGAAGUAGAAGGGCAGGGGCUGGCUGAGAGGCUGAAGCAGGAUAUGGAGCCAGCAGGGUCAGGCCAGGGAGGUAGAAUUACAAGGUAA